AUGGCCGAUCCUGCUCUGUCUGUGGUGAAGAGGAACCGCCUGCGCGGUUACGUCCGCGACGCUCUCGCAGUUGCCGACAAGAAGCCUGGUGGCUUGUCGUCUGCUCCCGCACCCGCCAACGCCCUCGCCGCCGCUCCUGGCUUUGGAGCUCCUGUGCCUCUUUCUGGUUUCGGCGCUCCUGCACCUCUCUCUGCUGUCACCUUCAGGCAAUUUGGCUGCUCCCUCGCCCUUUGGGUCUCACAUCCUUGGGAGCUUUGCCGCUCCUCCUCCUCCCGCCCAGGGAGCACAGCUCGGUGCACUCCUGGCGCAACUUGGUGGCCUGCUCGCGCCCUCUCCUGGCGGUCCGUCGGUGCUCGCGUGCCGCGCGAUGAUUAUGGCAAUUCUUGGCCAGGUGGUGGAUUCGGUGCUGGAGUGAUCGUCGGUGGAAUUUUCUGGGGGAGUUUGGGGGUGGGAUUGGUAGAUAUGGGGGGGGGUUAG